GUAUUACGAUGCGACCUUUGGAAAGUUUCUGUUAAAGCACCCCUCUGCUUCGGGGUCGGGGGUUUUCAAACACUCCUUCCUUCCCUGCCGUUGGGGUCGGUACAGUGCAAGCUGAGUUGCGUGGGAUCUGCGGGCUGGCGGGCUGCGGUGGACAAGAUGAUGAGGCUGCUCGGCGCGGCUGCCUCGGCAGCGGAGGACGGGAAGGUCAACGACGAAGGGUUGGCGCUGCGCAAGGCUGAGGAAGCCGCUGCGCGGAGGUGCGAGGCGGCGCGAUGGCUGCGGAAGAUGGAGCCGGCGGCGGUGGAGGCCCUGCCGGAGAGUCCAUCGAAGGAGGAGUUCCGCAUGGCGCUGCGCAACGGGCUCGUCCUCUGCAAGGUCCUCAACCGCGUCAACCCCGGCGCCGUCCCCAAGGUCGUGGAGAAUCCCGUUGACGCGGAGCAGUCGGCUGAUGGGGCAGCGCAGUCUGCAAUUCAGUACUUCGAGAACAUGAGGAACUUCCUGGUUGCAGUUUGCGAGAUGAAUUUGUUGACGUUUGAAGCUUCGGAUAUUGAGAAGGGAGGUGCAUCAAUGAAGGUUGUUGACUGCAUACUUUGUCUCAAAGGGUACCACGAGUGGAAGCUCUCAGGUGGGAUCGGUAUAUGGAGGUAUGGAGGUAUUGUGAAGAUCGCAUCCUCAAGCAAGAGGUUGCCUUCACAUUCAUCUAGGUUUGGAAACUCAGCUGAUCAGAACCAACAAAUGCUGGAAUUUGUGCAUCUUCUCUCCGAGGUCUCCCUUGAGGAAACUAAAGUUGGAGAAUCUCAGCAUUCUCUUUUCCAGCACUUUGUUCUUCGAGUUGUGCGGUCAUUCCUUCUGGAAUGGAGUGAAGCUGAGGACCUGCCUUUAGAUGAUAUGGUCCUCGAAACAAUACUGGAGCAAGCCUCUAAAGAAUUCACCAUUCUGCUCGUCUCCCAUCGAAAUCAGGUCAGAUCACUUUUAAGGAAGAUGAUGAAAGAUGAAAAUGGAGUAUGCUCUAAAUUGGAGUUGAUCGAAGCUAUUUCAAAAACUUUGAAGGAGAAUAGCGAGUGCUUAUUCUCUUCACUGCAAUUACCCAGUGGUAGCCGCAAACACUUGGAUGACGGGGCAGGACUUGAACGCCAACAAGAAGAGCUAGAGAAGUUAAAACUGUCCUUCAAUGAGAUGAAGUCUCAAGUUGAAUCUACUAGAGCCAAAUGGGAGGAAGACUUGACGAGACUAGAAAGCUAUUUUGAGGCUCAGAACCAUAAUGCUUACCACAAGUUACUGGAGGAGAAUCGUAAGCUGUACAAUCAAGUUCAAGAUCUUAAAGGUAGCAUUCGAGUGUACUGCAGAGUGAAACCUUUCCCGAAGAUGCAACUUGAUCAACGAUCUACUGUUGAUCAUAUUGGGGAAAACGGGGAGAUCAUGAUUAUUAACCCUCAAAAGCAAGGAAAGGAUGGACGGAAGAUAUUCUCAUUCAACAAAAUAUUUGGACCUAACGUCUCACAAUCUGAAGUUUUUGCUGAUACACAACCACUUAUAAGAUCCGUGAUGGAUGGCUACAAUGUUUGUAUAUUUGCAUAUGGUCAAACAGGAUCUGGGAAAACAUAUACUAUGAGCGGUCCAGAUAUAACAUCAGAGGAAACCUUGGGCGUGAACUACCGGUCGCUAAAUGACCUGUUUGAUAUUUCCCAGAACAGAUCAGAUACCACGACAUAUGAUGUGAAAGUUCAGAUGAUUGAAAUAUACAAUGAACAAGUGAGAGAUCUAUUGAUGGCCGAUGGUGCAAAUAAACGAUUAGAGAUCCGUAACAGUUCUCAUGUAAAUGGACUCAACAUUCCUGAUGCAAAUUUAGUGCCAGUGAAGUGUGCACAGGACGUUUUGGAUCUCAUGAAAGUUGGCCAUAGAAAUCGGGCGGUUGGAGCAACUGCUCUUAAUGAACGAAGUAGCCGCUCGCACAGUGUGUUGACUGUUCAUGUGCAAGGGAAGGAGAUAAUUUCUGGUUCAACUCUAAGAGGAUGCCUCCAUCUGGUUGAUCUUGCGGGAAGUGAGAGGGUGGACAAGUCUGAGGCCACUGGAGAAAGACUGACUGAAGCCAAGCACAUAAACAAAUCAUUAUCCGCACUUGGUGAUGUUAUAGCUGCACUUGCCCAAAAGAGUACACAUGUUCCGUACCGAAAUAGCAAGCUAACACAAGUGCUGCAAGAUGCCUUAGGUGGUCAGGCCAAGACUUUGAUGUUUGUGCAUGUAAAUCCUGAAGCAGAUGCUUUUGGCGAAACAGUUAGCACUCUCAAGUUUGCCGAGCGUGUAGCCACUAUAGAACUUGGAGCAGCUCGUGUUAACAAGGAAGGUGCACAGGUCAAAGACCUGAAGGAAGAGAUUGGUAAACUAAAAUUGGCAUUAGAUGAUAAGGAACGUGAAGCAGCACAGCUAAAAGAUGUCACCAGUCGUGCAGCCUCUGAGACAAGAAAUGCAAGAGCAAGAUCACCUCUAACCACUAGCUUCCGCUUCAAGCCUGAAGCUGGUCAGGAUUCUAGUGUAGACACUUGCACAAGCGAGACCAGAAGUUCGUCGUCUGGAAAACAGAGAAGGUUUCGUUCUCCGAUGUCAGUGCGGGAGUUGGAUGACAAGUCACCUGCCAUUAGCAGGGAACUAUACUUCAGCUCACGGAAGUUCAAGACUCCGCCACCUACAGUAAGAAGUUCAUUUUCUGCUGAGAGAUCUAGCACUGCUAAAACCAUGGAGAAGAAGGAAAACAUUGAGUGUACUCCUACUUCAAAGGUGGAACUGCCUGCAAAAGCAACACACAGCAGCAGCUCUAAAAACACACCUGCAUCCAUUCUGACGGCUCAAAGCCUCAGGAAAUUCAGAGACUCGGAAGAAAACCGGAUCACAAAGCCAUCCGUCCGAGAAAGCAUGACAAAGAACAGACCUGACAGUGCGACAAAAACUCGGAAAGAAGAACCACAACAGCAAACGGUGAAUGGUUGCACAUACUCAGGUAAUAAAGUGAGGUCGGAAGCCAAGACCACGAAGAACUCACCCGAGAUGGAAAACGAGUUUGCUAACAGCGAGCCAACCUUUCAUUUCAACCGGAAGGCGAAGAAGUUCCCGCCACAGGUGACAAGACAGUCCCAGAGCAUUGAUCUCAGAGCGUCGGUCCAGGAGAUGGAGGCUGUGACCGAAGGGAAGCAUCGCCGGAGCAGGCCCUACGCCGAGAGGACCAACAUUCCCUUGCCGGAGACGCGCCGCAGCGUCUCUCUGCCGCGCGGGAAAUUCGCCCCCGUGUGAAUCUGCUAGCUUGUGUUUAAGCCAUUCUUUGAUUUAUGCGACGGCGUCAGCGUGAUGUCGUUAUUGUGUGGUCAGAUCUGCAGGCUUCUACGGCUGGGUAGAAAACCUGAGGAUCAUGUCGUUAGUUAGUGAAGUUGUUGUGCUUAUUCAUUUGUUGUCGACAAGUCUUUUUUUUCUUCGCAAAACGGAGCACUCGAUCCAUUAAUUAAGCAGAAGAGAUUGUCGACAAGUCUCACGUCCUUUUGUACAAUGUAAAGAUGUGGCAGUUGCCAUUAUAUGUCAUGCAGCCGCAGUGGUGAUUGCAGAUCGAAAACGGUGCUUAUGAGUUGUAUGAUCGAUGUUUGUGAA